GCGUGGCCACGCCCACCCCAGACUUGGCGCUGGGUGCGCGGAGGCGCCCAGGCUGCCAGCCGCCCUUCUGCCCGCGGGGUCCGGGGCGCUCGCUGGAGACAUGGGGCGCGCCCCGCGGGCCGCCGCGAUCCUGGGGCUGCUGCGCUUCUGCCUGGUCCAGGCCAACUUCGCCCCCCACUUCUUCGAUAAUGGAGCAGGCAGCACCAACGGAAACCUGGCCCUGUUCAGCCUUCCUGAGGACACCCCAGUAGGCUCCCACGUGUACACCCUUAACGGCACAGACCCCGACGGGGACCCAGUCUCCUACCACAUCAGCUUUGACCCCAGUGCGAGAAGCGUCUUUUCUGUUGACCUGAACUUGGGCAACGUCACCCUGGUUGAGGAGCUGGACCGAGAGAGGGAGGAUGAGAUUGAAGCCAUCAUCAGCAUUUCCGACGGCCUGAACCUGGUGGCAGAAAAGGUCACGAUCCUGGUGACCGACGCCAAUGAUGAGGCGCCCAGGUUCACCCAAGAGCCUUACGUCGUCCUGGUGCCCGAGGACACACCUGCCGGGAGCAGCCUCUUUAAGGUCCAUGCUGUGGACAGGGACACGGGCUCCGGGGGCAGCGUCACCUACUUCCUGCAGAGCCUCCACCCCACCAAAUUUGCCAUGGACCGCCACAGCGGGGUGCUGCGCCUGCAGGCCGGGGCCACUCUGGACUACGAGGAGUCCCGGACCCACUUUCUCACUGUGGUGGCCAAGGACGGUGGGGGCAGUCUACGAGGGGCCCCCGUGGUGUUCUCCACCACCACCACAGUCACGGUCAAUGUGGAGGACGUGCAGGACACCCCACCUGUCUUCGUGGGCACUCCGUACUAUGGCUAUGUGUACGAGGACACCCUUCCGGGCUCAGAGGUGCUGACAGUGGUCGCCAUGGAUGGAGACCAGGGCAGACCCAACCGCAUCGUCUACAGCCUCGUGAACAGGAGUGACGGAGCCUUCCAGAUUAACGAGACGUCUGGAACCAUCACGGUCUUGCAGAGCCCCGCCCAGCUGCACAGAGAGGCGUACGAGCUGCACGUGCAGGUGACAGAGGUCAGCUCUGCGGGGAUCCCAGCUGCCCGGGCCAUGGUCCCUGUCACCAUCAGAAUCGUGGACCUCAACAACCACCCACCCACAUUCUACGGAGAGAGUGGACCCCAGAACAGGUUCGAGCUGUCCAUGUACGAGCACCCACCCCAGGGCGAGAUCCUGCGGGGCCUCAAGAUCACAGUCAACGACUCUGACCAGGGAGCCAAUGCCAAAUUCAACUUGCGGCUGGUGGGACCCGGAGGCGUCUUCCGAGUGGUCCCGCAGACAGUGCUCAACGAAGCCCAGGUCACCAUCAUUGUGGAGAACUCAGCUGCCAUCGACUUUGAGAAGUCCAGAGUGUUGACCUUCAAGCUCCUGGCCAUCGAGGUGAACACCCCCGAGAAGUUCAGUUCCACAGCGGAUAUUGUGAUCCAGCUCCUGGACACCAACGAUAAUGUCCCCAAGUUCACCUCUCAUUACUACGUUGCCAGGAUCCCCGAGAAUGCCCCCGGGGGCUCCAAUGUGGUGGCUGUCACAGCUGUGGACCCGGACACGGGACCCUGGGGCGAGGUGAAAUACUCCAUCUACGGCCCCGGGGCAGACCUGUUCCUGAUACACCCCUCCACGGGGCUUAUCUACACCCAGCCCUGGGCCAGCCUGGACGCAGAGGCCACAGCAAGGUACAACUUCUACGUGAAGGCAGAGGACAUGGAAGGCAGGUACAGCCUGGCCGAGGUGUUUGUCACUCUGCUGGACGUCAAUGACCACUACCCCCAAUUUGGAAAGAGCAUCCAGAAGAAGACCAUGGUGCUGGGGACCCCGGUGAAAAUUGAGGCCACAGACCAGGAUGCCGAGGAGCCCAACAACCUGGUGGACUAUUCCAUCACCCAUGCAGAGCCGGCUGAUGUGUUUGACAUCGACACACACACAGGGGAGAUCCGGCUCAAGAGCUCCAUCCGUUCCCUGGAAGCCCUGCACAACAUCACGCCCGGUGGGGACCACACGUGGUCCCUGGAGGUGCAGGCUAAGGACCGAGGCUCUCCGUCCUUCAGCACCACGGCCUUACUCAAGAUUGACAUCACAGACACUGAGACGCUGUCCCGAGACCCCAUGGCCGCCUUCCUGCUGCAGACCAAGGACAACCCCAUGAAAGCCGUGGGUGUGCUGGCCGGCAUCAUGGCCAUCGUGGUGGCCAUCACCGUCCUCAUCUCCACGGCCACCUUCUGGCGCAACAAGAAGUCCAACAAGGUGCUGCCCGUGCGUCGUGUCCUGCGGAGGCGGCCCAGCCCUGCACCCCGCACCGUGCGCACCGAGUGGCUCAAAUUCAGGAGGACGAAGACGGCCACCAAGUUCAUGCUCCAGGAGGAGCCCCUCAGUGAGAAGCAUAGAAACAGCAGGCCAGCAGCCCCACCGCCCCCCAGAGCCCCAGCUCUCCCUCCACCCCCCAGAAUGGCACCCGACACGGUCACCCCCUGGACGGUGCCUACAGUCUCUGGGUCCCUCACCCCCCAAGAACCCCAACAGUCAUCCAAGCCUGAGGGAAACCCUGUCAGGUCAUCCAUGGUCUCUGAGCUGAAGCAGAAGUUUGAGAAGAAGAGUGUAGAACAGAAGGCUUAUUUCUAGGGAUGCCCUGGGCCUUGCCUUCCUCUCCCCUUGGCCCUGACCACUCCACGGUUUCUGCAGCGCCCCCACACUGUCCUCCUGAAGGUCACCAGUGUUUUGUACAAUGAUGCAAACUCCCCCAGGUAUAGGGCGCUGGGCUGGGCAGGACUUUGAACAGGGGACUUCUCAGGUCCCCCACCACCCACGUCUUGGCACGGCUGCAGUGACCCCACUCUCCAGAGGCUUCUGUCUGCAUCUUCUCACCAACCCAUGCCUCAUGGUCCCACCGCCCCACUGUGGGCUCGUGUCCGAGUCACAGAACUCAGGUGACAAGACCAGCGACAUCCAGAGCCUGGAGCCCUGGGCUAAGAGCAGGGAUGGGAAGACGUUGAGCCCGGCCAUGGCUACGGCUGGGGAAUGCACAGGCCACAGGAGAGCAGAUCCGGGGCGAGCAGCGGCAGAGACGCCCUAAGGACUCAUGCAGACUGCAGGGCCUCGCCCACAGCCCUGGCAGCCACGGCACCUGGUGUCAGGAAGAUUGUGGCCCCUGCACACCCAGCAGGCCCAGCAUCACCCAGGAACGGGUGUGGCCAGGUGCACAGCAGAUGUCCCAGCCAGGCUGCCCUGGCCCAGAAGCUGGAGCAUCGUGGAGGGGGGAGCAGGGGCACCAGGGAGAGCAUCAGAGCCUCUUCAAGGGCGGAAUCAAGGAUGAUGGCCAGGAUCUGGGGGACUUCUGCAUCUGCCCAGCUCUGUCCACACUGUGUAGCUUUGGGGAUGCUGGUUUCUGUUUUUGAUGUGGGGUCUCAUUGUGUUUCCCGUCCUGCCUAAAACAGGAGCUCUUCUGGCCUCAGGGCCCCCCCCCAAGCAGCUGGGGUUACAGGUAUGUACCGCGCUGCCCAGCUUUAGGGAAGCUGUCUGAAUUCCCUCAGCACGGUCUCCGUCUGUAAAGUGAAGGAAGUAAGCCCUGGAAAAACAGCAGGGCUAGAGCUUUAACCUCUUGCAACUCAGCAUCUACGUACUUAGAGCAGUCCCUCCCAAAAGUCCUAGGUCCUCACUGAAAUUCUCCCAGGUGCCCCCAGGGGGCGCUGUGCUGGGCAAGGGGGCAGCAGCGCAGAUGAUGGCUUUGCCCUGGAUCACGCACUGUCCCUUCUCUCUCAUCCCACGCUGCUGCCAGAGAUCAAGCAUUGGGCAGCGGUGUCCAGUCUGGGAGGGGGGCGGUGCUGGCAUCAGGGGCCAGGUCUGAGGGCCCCAGCUCCUCGGAGUUUCCUCUAGCUGGGAGGUGACAGUGUCCACCAGGAGAGAAAGCCUGCAGGGCCACCAUGGUGAAUUUAGAGGUUCUGCCCCAGCUGAGGACAUCUGUGUGCUUGCGCACACACACACACACACACACACACAGAGCAGCCUCUGCUUCACUCCCGAAUCUGCACUCCAGACUGCACCAGGUGUGUGCACACAGAGGCUGGGCAUAUGUGGCAGUCCCGGUGUGCCAUCUGUGUGUGGAAGUGUUACUGAGCUGUGCCAGCGUGCAGAAGUCUGGCCAGCAUCUGCAGUAUUAGGGCAGCCAGAGCUUGGAAAGGACAGGUGCUUUCCAGCCCGGGUUUCAGGAGGGGCUGGGGGUCACCUUGGGGUUACCUCUCAGGACCUGCAUGCAGCCCACCUCUUUUGUAAAUGGUGAAUAAAAUCUGUAACCCGAA